GAUUGCUCCCAUGGAAGACAAGGAUUGCGUUUACUUCCACGGCGGUGGUUUCGUCUCUACUCACCAACAAAUAUUACUACUACUCCACUUCCGGUUGUUGUUUACUUCCACGGCGGUGGAUUUGCAUAUAUGUCCCCUGAUUCAAAACCUUUCGACACACUAUGCCGUCGUUUGUCCCUGGAAAAUUCAGCUGUUGUUGUCUCGGUCAAUUACCGGUACUCACCGGAAUUCAAGUAUCCUUCACAGUAUGAAGACGGAUUUGAUGCUUUGAAAUUCAUCGACGAGAGACAAUUCAAAGAGUUUCCGGGAAAUGCUGAUCUAUCCCGUUGUUUUAUCGCCGGAGACAGUGCUGGAGGUAACCUGUCACACCAUUUAGCUGUUCGUGUUGCAAAAACCGAUGACGACGAGUUAAAACAGGUUAAAGUGAUUGGAUUAAUUGGGAUCCAACCUUGGUUUGGUGGACAAGAAAGGACUGAAUCUGAAAUCAAGUUAGAGAAUGGUCCAGCCCUUAGUCUUGAUCGAACAGAUUGGUUAUGGAAAGCUUUUCUGCCGCAAGGGUCUAACCGGGAUCACUUGGCUUCUAACGUUUUUGGUCCAAAUUGUUGUGAAGACAUUUCGAAGUUAAAGAAAUUUCCACCAACUUUGGUUGUUGUUGGCAAAUGGGAUUUGUUGCAAGAUUGGCAGAGAAGGUAUUAUGAAGGGUUGAAGAGAUUUGGUAAAGAGGCUUAUAUUGUUGAGUUUCCAAAUGCAUUUCAUGGUUUUUAUAGUCUUACUGAAUUCCCUGAAACUCCUCUUUUGUUUCAGGAAGUUAAGAAGUUUGUUCAAAAUCAAUUAGCAAAAGCCAGUGGCAAAUAACUGUCUGUAAUGUAGCCAUAAGGUCUGGUAUGUAACUAAGAUUUGGGUCCUGUCACUUGUGUGUAAACUGAAAUAAAAUUGUACACAAAGUUUCAAUUCAAUAUAUGAACGGCAAGUAAUAUAAAC